AUGUCCGCAGACUUUUGGGCCGGCUAUGUCUCCGGAGCAGCCGGUAUAAUAAUUGGAAACCCUUUGGACAUAGUGAAAGUGAACCUGCAACGAGGAGACCGUGGCGCCCCUCUUCUCUCGACAACCACAACAUCAUCAUCACCAGUCCUAUUACCUACCUCCACAUCCCCAGCAACACCAGCCUCAACGACAACGACCAAUGCAGCCAAAAACCUCUCCACCCUUCUCAAAGGCACCGCGGCCCCUAUCCUCGGCUACGGCGCUCUAAACGCUCUGAUGUUCAUAACCUACAACCGCUGCAUGAACCUCCUGCACCAAAACCCUUCCCAUCCCACCUCGCUCUCAAAAACCUGGCUUGCUGGUGCUCUAGGAGGUCUUGCAACUUUCCUGGUUUCUGCACCUACAGAAUUGAUCAAAUGUAGAGCACAGGUCAGUGGGAGUGGAGCCAGUUCUUGGGGCAUUGCGAGGGAGUUGUGGAGGGAGAGGGGUGUGAGGGGCUUAUAUUGGGGUGGUGGGGUCACGAGUUUGAGAGAUAGUGUUGGUUACGGGUUUUAUUUCUGGUCGUAUGAGUUGAGUAAAAGAGCCUUGAUCUCGGAAAAGGCAGAAGGUGAAAAGCCAGAAUGGAUGACCAUUUUACUCUGUGGAGGUAUUGCUGGUGUGGUGACGUGGGCUUCCGUCUUUCCUUUGGAUGUCAUCAAGACCAGAGUCCAGACCCAGAAUAUCACAAGGUCACGGCCUGGUACACCGUCGGGAGAGCAGUCUGUACUGCCAUCCUGCGACUCGGGUCGCUCGAGUACCAUGCAGAUCGCAAGACGGGCAUAUCGAGAAGAGGGCCUUUCUGUCUUUUUCCGUGGCUUGGGUGUUUGCAGUUUCAGAGCCUUCUUUGUAAACGCAGUGCAAUGGGCUGUAUAUGAAUGGAUGAUGCACGUGUUGCUUCCUUCUCAGACCAGAGUAGACGAUGGCACACGUUUAUAG